GUGGGAGCUAACCCUCAUAUUCGUUUCGGCUUCUGCGUUCUCCGCUGAAGCCACGCUUCGCGCUGAAUAACAGUCUUCUCCUAUCGUCAACCGCGCCAAGAAACCCUAAAAUGGACGCGAUUCUUCUGCCGGAAACUCUCGCCGUCGUUGGCAUCCGUCCCUCUUUCGCCUCCGCAUUCGGCUCCGGCUCCGCCUCAUUUCCUCAUCAGAUGCCGUGCACACUCCUGUUUCAGCCUGGGCGGAAACCUCCAGUGGGUUCCACCGUCGGUUCUCGGUCCGAGCGUAUUUCAGGGCUUCGCAGGUCCCCCGCGCUGGCCGCCGCCGGCACCUUGAUGGCCAAUUCAGUACCGUCAAAAAAUGGAGUGUACACAGUUGGUGAUUUUAUGACUAGGAAAGAAGAUUUACAUGUGGUGAAGGCUACGACUACUGUAGAGGAAGCAUUGGAGAUUCUUGUGGAGAACAGAAUCACUGGUUUUCCUGUAAUUGAUGAUGAUUGGAAAUUGGUUGGUCUCGUUUCAGAUUAUGACUUGUUAGCACUGGACUCCAUAUCAGGCGGUGGACUAACUGAUACUAUCAUGUUUCCUGAAGUUGACAGCACUUGGAAAACAUUCAAUGAGCUGCAGAAGUUGCUAAGUAAGACCAACGGAAAAGUGGUUGGUGAUUUGAUGACGCCAGCCCCAGUUGUUGUCCGUGAAACCACCAAUCUGGAGGAUGCUGCUAGAUUAUUGCUCGAGACAAAGUAUCGCCGACUUCCAGUUGUGGACAGUGAUGGGAAGCUGGUUGGGAUUAUCACUAGGGGAAAUGUUGUGAGAGCCGCACUUCAAAUAAAGCGAGCUGUUGAAGGAUUCUGAGGCAAACAAACUUUUGCAAGUGGGCUUUGCAUUUGUCGCAACUGGCUGUUUAUCCUUAUGCCACCGAAGAGUCCAAGAAUCUCCACUGAUUGAUAUGUACAAUUUUGGCUUACGUUUGUAUAAUUCUUGCAAGUUCUUCCUCAGCUUCAAAGAGAGAUAUAUUUGCAGUCCUUCAACCCUAUAGUCUACCGUUAAUGGCUCAACAACCCGGAAUAAAAUUAUUAGCGUCUCAUAUUUAAUAAUCAGUAACCUGAAGUUAAAAUCA